AUGUAUCGCCGUCUCCAACCCCUUCAAGGAAGAUUCAUACCUUAUUUCUAUGGAGAGGCAAUAUAUGAUGGGUCGCCUGCUUUGGUCCUAUCGGAAAUUAUUGGACGAAGAUUGUAUGAUAUUACGAUGAAACAUGGAGAGGAUGGAGAAUUUAAGAGAAAGCUAGAAGAAGUCUACAAGGCAUUAACUUGGUAUGGAGUGAUUCAUGGAGAUACUAAACUCGAUAAUGCUAUUGAUGUUGGAGAUCGAGUGAUGCUUAUCGAUUUAGAACAAGCUGAGAUUGAUGAGACUGCAUGGGACCAGAGUACUAAUAAAGGGAAUGCGGGAGGCUUACUGCAUGAUCUCCAACGAAAUCGUCAAUGUGAAGAUGAGGCAAGGGAAUGGGAAGAGAAGAGAUUGAAAGAAAGGGCGGAGGCGAAGGCAGAAAGAAGAAGGUAUAGUGGGAAAUCCUGA